AUGCACUGUAUGCUUGUUGCCUCAAAGCUGAUACUGUGUGUCCUCUGCAGCCGUUUGUGCCAAACCACAAGACAGAGCAGAGGAAAAGCUCCCCAGGAAAACGAGGGCUGAUAUCAGUAUGGAGGCCACCAGAUCAAGUCAGUCAGUGAAGCUUGGCCAAGAGAGACACCAGUAUACUGAUAGACUCUGCAAAUCAUUCCCAUACAGAGCAAGGGAAACCAGAGGCGCAUCGCUGGACCUGAAGGUCACAGCUAUGGUCCAGCCAUGUAACCAAGAUAAAUCCGAAAAGCAACAAACAAUCAAAUCUCCUGAGAGCAAAGUUCCUUGCAGUUUUGGCAGCCUACCUGUUCUAAACCCAGAGAGACUGCAUACAGCCAAAGCCUGUGCAGAGAAGGCAAUUAAAAUGAAUAAGAUAUUCUCUGUUCAGGGCCCUUACCCAGUCAUUAGAGCAGCGCUGAGAGCCAGAGGCUGGGUUGAGCAGCGCACAAAUCCAAACCACUGUGCUCAGCGGCGACACAGGGAUGAGGGAAAAGCCAGCUCUAAAGACACCGGUGAUGAUGAUGAGGAAGAUGCAUCAGAUGAUGUGGAAGAAGAGCAAGAUGAAGAUAGGCUUCAUAAUCGCAUGUCUCACUUGGUGAGGAAUGAAGUGGUCUAUUUCUAUUGGACACUACAUCGAAACACCAUUAAUGCCAGCAGUUUGCAGAAAAAGCAGAUAUUCAAUCAUUUUGUGCAGGCGGGCAGUUUCAGCACCAAGGUGGGGUUGUGUAUGAACCUGAGGAACCUGCACUGGUUUGAUUCAGCAGACCCAGAUACCUUCUUCCCCCGCUGUUACAGACUAGGAGCGAAGGAUGAAAAGCAUGAUUUUAUUGAGGACUUCAAGCGGACAGCCUGCACCAGUCUGUUAAAGUACAUAGUGGAGAGGGUCCAGGGUGUACAUGCACAGACAACUGCAACAGAUAGAGGUUUUGCUUUAUCUGCUGCAACAACCUGCAACAGGCCAGUGGUCCUUUCCCAAAUGAUUGACAUUGCGGUCAAAGUAUGCCAGGAGUUCCUGGAGAGCCUGGAGCAUAAUGACAUUGACAAAGGCUUGGACACGCAGCAAGUGAUUUCAAAGCAGGAGUGGACGGAGUUCAUUGACAGUUACUACCUGGUUGUUCAUGGUGGAGCAGAGGUCGAGGUCAGCGAUGAUUUGGUGCCCACCUGUAAAGCCAUGCUACAGAGGCUGGGGAAAGUCAGUCCACAGCUAGACAUAGAGGGCACACACAACAUCUGGAUCGUUAAACCUGGGACACAGUCCAGAGGCAGAGGCAUUAAAUGCUUCAAACGUUUGGAUAAGAUCCUCAGAAUCGUGGAUGGGUAUUCAACUCCGUUUAUGGAAGGAAAGUGGGUGGUGCAGAAGUACCUGGAGCGGCCCUUUCUAGUCCACGGCACCAAAUUUGAUGUGCGGCAGUGGUUCCUGGUCACAGACUGGAACCCAUUGACUGUGUGGUUUUAUAUGAAGUGCUACUUGCGCUUUUCUACACAGCCUUACUCACUAGAUAAACUUGACCGCUCUGUCCACCUGUGCAACAAUUCAAUCCAGAAGCACCUGAGGCCCUCCCAGCAACGACAUCAAGGUAUCCCAGCAGACAACAUGUGGUCAGAUGACCAGUUCAGGACCUUUCUAUCCAGCCAGGGCCAGGAAGCCCAGUGGCAGGCUGUGGUAGUCCCAGGGAUGAAGAAGGCUGUGAUCCACACUUUACAAACAACACAGACUCUGAUGAAUUCGCGCAAAAACACCUUUGAGCUCUACGGUGCAGACUUCAUGUUAGGCUGUGACUUCCAUCCAUGGCUGAUAGAAAUCAAUGUCAGUCCCACUAUGGCCCGCUCCACCCCUGUAACAGACCGACUCUGUGAUGCUGUGCAGGAAGAUACGCUGCGAGUCGUCCUGGACCGAAGAGCAGACUGCACUGCAAACACUGGUGACUUUGAGCUCAUAUAUAAACAGACAGUCAUAAAAGUGCCUCAGUAUGUAGGACAAAACCUACUUGUUGAGGGCUUCAAGAUGAAAUGCCCAUGCACAUUUCCUCCAGUGAGAUCGUCCAACCGUUCAGCACUAAAACAUCCAGUGCCUGCCAAGGAAAAGGAACCUGCAGCAGAUGAAGCAAAACCUCUAUCGAAGAAGUUGUUUGAAGAUGCAGAGUUAAAAACUAAAAGCAAGUGCGUUCUCCUGCCACCGCCUACCUUUAAACUUGAGCCAACCAUGCGUGAACCUGUUGGGACGCUUCACCUGCCCAUGACUGUGAACAAGUCCAUCCACCUGUCCAUAGCUGCCCAUGCUCACUCUGUUAUUCUGAACAAUAGGAAUUCAGAGUCAAAAUUCUACUCAAAGAACGAACAACUCUGUUCCAUAGAAAAGCAAAGUGCUUCUUUGCCUCUGGAGAUAAAACAAUCCGCACAAGCAGCAAGCAGCAACUUUAGUUGCUAA